GGGACUUGUAGUGUGCUCGGUGCCGUCAGCCUCUGUGUGGACGCCGCACGCUGGAGCCUGAGGCCGGAGGAGAAGGAGCAGAUCCGGGGGGCGGCACAGAACAGAGGUGUCACCGUCAACGCUCUUCACCGCCAUCUUAUGGGGUUCCACAGCAGAGGGAUGGAUAAAGGUCCUGUGUCCUUUCUUCCUGUGACCUGAGCGGCCGGUUUAAGGUGGUGAAGUAUCGCGGCUGCUCUCGGACCACUCAGUCUCCAGGAUCCAGGAGCCUUCAGGAUGCUGCGGAAGAACAUGUUGGAGCUGGUGGCGCGGGUGGCACUGAAUCCACCUCUACGUCUGUCUACCUCCAUAUUGCUGCGAGCCCGCUCCACCUCCGCCACAGAUCACAAUCAUGUGGAGCUGGCCAGAGAGAGGUCCAAGACCGUCACCUCCUUCUACAACCAAUCCGGCAUUGACCAGGCGGCGGAGAAGCCCUCAGUACGUCUCACCCCCACCACGAUGCUUUAUUCGGGCCGCUCUCAGGAUGGCAGCCACAUCCUGAAAAGUGCCCGAUAUCUCCACAAGGAGCUCCCUGUCCGCAUCGCUCAUCGCAUUAAAGGUUUCCGCAGCCUCCCGUUCAUCAUCGGCUGUAACCCGACCAUCCUCCACGUGCAUGAGCUUUAUAUCCGUGCCUUCCAGAAGCUGAGUGAGUUCCCUCCGAUCACAGACCACGAGGUGGAGAGCCAGUACUGCAAGCUUCUCCGGCAGCUGCUCGACGACCACAAGGACGUGGUGACCCAGCUGGCCGAAGGGUUAAGGGAGAGCCGCAAGCAUAUCCAGGAUGAGAAAGUGAUCCGAUACUUCCUGGACAAAACACUAACAUCACGACUGGGUAUACGGAUGCUGGCGACUCACCACCUGUCCCUGCACGAGGAUCGGUCGGAUUUCGUUGGUAUAAUCUGCACCCGUUUGUCACCCAAGAGGAUAAUAGAGAAGUGGGUGGAUUUUGCGCGGCGCCUCUGUGAACACAAGUACGGGAACGCUCCGCGGGUGCGUAUUAAUGGUCACGUGGCUGCCCGAUUCCCCUUCAUCCCGAUGCCCCUGGAUUAUAUCCUCCCAGAACUGCUGAAGAACUCUAUGCGGGCGACCAUGGAGAGUCACAUUGAUACUCCCUACAAUGUCCCCGACAUCUCAAUCACCAUCGCCAACAACGACAUCGACCUGAUUAUACGGAUCUCUGACCGAGGCGGGGGCAUCCCUCACGACCACCUUGAGAGGGUCAUGAAUUACCAUUUCACCACCGCAGAGACCAGCACACAGGAUCCCAGGAUCAACCCCAUUUUUGGGAAUAUGGUUGACAUGGUAAACAGCGGGCAGUCUGGACCCAUGCAUGGGUUUGGGUUUGGUCUCCCCACCUCUCGUGCUUAUGCAGAGUACCUGGGCGGCUCUCUCUGCAUUCAGUCCCUUCAGGGCAUCGGGACGGACGUGUACCUGCGCCUCAAACACAUUGACGGGAAGGAGGAGAGUUUUCGUAUAUAAGCGGGGGAGACUCAGCUGGCCAAGGGCCUUUCUCCUCAUCACAGAAAACCUGGGUGACUUAUAAAACGCGCUCUGCUUCUCCGGCUUAUGGGACUUCUCCUUCUUGUAUCCGCCUUGAGGACUAUGAAUAAGUCUUUACGAAGACCAGCCACCUCCCGGACCGCCUAAGCCAAACCCUCCUCCUGUUGUGUCUUUCACUCCUUGCUAUCGUGUACGUGAAGCCGGUGCUGGUGGCCAUUACUCUCUAUCGCAAAAACCUUUCAGCAUCUGUGGCACGGUAUAUGGCGUUGUAUAUGACCUCGGACUACGGACUCUUGGCGAGUCUUAAGAUUUUGUGAUUGGACCACAGACUCUUCUUGGGACUCGGACCUAAGUGUCCAAGACGUCGAUUGAGCCUUUCUAUUGUCGGGAUUUGGCAUCGACAUGAGAUUAACCCUUUGUCUGGUGAUCUGCCGGUUUUCCCCCCCAGAGGUCCCCAUGGUGGAUCCUGCAUGAAACUUUAUCUUAGGAGACAACGUCGUGGUGGUGGUGGUGGUGGUCCUCCUUGGCUUGGUCACCGGGUCUUCUAUUCACGUCAUUGUAGCAAAAACAAAAGCAGUAUAUGGAGGGUUCCUCUCGCCUACCGGAGGUUCCUUGCGCCGCACCGUCUGUUGUGGUCUCCUGCAUUGGACAUCAGUUGUCCUGUAACGUGGUAGAGCAACAUCUGGAGCAGUGGUCUCAAACUUUGGCCCUCUAGAUGUUGCCAAAAC